UGCCUGUGCAAGAGUACUCAAUGGUGACUGGAGCACGAGACCCACAAUGCCCCAACCGUUUUGGAAGUAACAAACACAACAGCCUGUAGCCUACAAUCCUUGUUGUGCUUACUGAAGUAUUCUUGCGCAAUUUAAAGGUUAAUUCUGGACAUUUCUGGUGUUGAGAGCUGUUCUGAGCACUGGUAUCAUGGAGUACACCACUUCCCCAAAACCGCAGCUCUCUUCCAGGGCGAACGCUUUCUCAAUAGCUGCUCUCAUGUCAAGUGGAAAAUCGAAGGACAAGGAAUCGGAGGAAAACACCAUCAAGCCGUUGGAACAAUUCGUUGAAAAGUCGUCAUGCAAUCAAAACCUCGGCGACCUGCCUUCUGAAACCCACGGCGACUUCAACAUCAGCAGCAGCAGCAGCAGCAGCAGCGCGCCUCCGUUAUGUACCGAGCCGCUCAUUCCCACGACCCCCGGCGUGCCCAGCGAGGAGAUGGCCAAGAUCUCAUGCUGCCUCGAGACUAAAGAACUGUGGGACAAGUUUCACGAUCUCGGCACAGAAAUGAUUAUCACAAAAUCUGGAAGACGAAUGUUUCCGACGAUUCGUGUAUCAUUUUCCGGAGUGGAUCCGGACGCCAAAUAUAUUGUACUAAUGGACAUUGUUCCAGUGGACAAUAAAAGAUAUCGAUACGCCUACCACAGAUCAUCGUGGCUUGUUGCAGGAAAGGCAGAUCCACCUUUACCUGCAAGGUUGUACGUACAUCCAGAUUCGCCUUUUACGGGAGAGCAACUAUUAAAACAAAUGGUUUCUUUCGAAAAAGUAAAGCUUACAAAUAACGAACUGGACCAGCACGGACACAUCAUCCUGAACUCUAUGCACAAGUACCAGCCUCGAGUUCAUAUCAUCAAGAAAAAAGAUCACACAGCCUCGCUUCUUAAUCUGAAGUCUGAGGAGUUUCGUACAUUUGUCUUCACUGAGACAGUUUUUACUGCAGUCACAGCUUACCAGAACCAGCUGAUAACCAAACUGAAGAUUGACAGCAACCCUUUUGCCAAAGGCUUCAGGGACUCCUCGAGACUUACUGAUAUUGAGAGUAGGGAAAGUGUUGAGAGCUUGAUCCACAAGCACUCUUACGCUCGGUCGCCCAUUCGGACUUACACUGGUGAAGAGGAGACCUUGGGUGAAGAUGGUCACUCGGCACACAGCAGGGGUUCUGCUUUCACUGCAUCAGACAACCUCUCCUUUAGUUCUUGGGUCACUGCCACAUCUGGUUUUUCCGGCUUUCAGCACCCUCAGUCCCUGUCAGCCAUUGGAACCAGCACAGCUUCAUUGGCCAGUCCUCUUCCUCACCCCAUCCAGGGCUCUUUACCCCCUUACAGUCGACUGGGCAUGCCUCUCACCCCCUCUGCCCUGGCUGGCUCCAUGCAGGGCAAUGGGCCUACCUUCCCCUCUUUCCACAUGCCACGCUACCACCACUAUUUCCAGCAAGGGCCAUACGCUGCCAUCCAGGGACUGCGCCAUUCUUCCACAGUCAUGACCCCGUUCGUAUGAUUCCUACCACUUUAGAAUAGGUCAGCCUGAUAAGAUUUCCCAAUCGCUGGCAUGUGAAGACAUACAGCACCCAUACACAUACGUAAACACUUGGUUACAUGAACAUCUCCUCAUUAUCAAUAUUUAUGAGGAAGAAGCCCAGUUCGCAACAUGUAAAUAAAAAUUGACUGCCACGACAUUACCUAAAGACCCGGACACUCUGUUUCUUGCAGAUGUACUUCAGGGAAGAAGAAAAAAAGGCCCAAUGGACACGGAUUUGGGUAUACCAGAACCUCAAGCAUGAGUUUUUAGCAUUGAUAAGACUCAGAAAUGGAAAGAUCUGUCUUCAUCUGCAGACAUGUUUAUGCUACCUUUAAUGAUUCAUCUAACUCCCUUAUCACUCCUAUAUACUUUCAAAAAAAGGAAAACCCAGCCAGAGCCAAACAAGGGAGGACCUUACUGACUGUAACAUGCUGAACAUAACAAGGGCGAACACUGGACAACUGCUGUUUCUCAUUCUCCACGAUCCAUCACCUCUUUAAUGAUAUGAUAUCAGCAGAGCAGCCAACCACUCGGUCUUCUCAUCCAAAUUGUUGACAGUAGAAGGCGCUGUGUUGUCAGGACAUUGCGAUACUGGAUGGAAACCUUUAUCAAUGGAAAAUUUGGUCAGGCCAUCAUAGGUUUUAUCUUUAUAUUCAGAUAAGUAUACUUCUCUUUUGCAAGUUUGAAUCAGGACAUUUUAUCUGUUUUGUUUAGUUUGAUUGCACAAUCAACAAUUUAGUUGUUGCUAUUCUGUUACACUUGCUAAACAUUACAACAAGAAAGUUAUUCAAAAAAAAAUUGGACUGUGUGGAGACGGCAAACUGCAAUGUACAUGAUGGCAAAUGUAAUUUCUUCUUAAUAUGACCCAUCAACAGAUAGUCACUAACAAGAAUUUAUGUUAAUGCUUAUUCACUGUCCAUCCUAUAUGUAUAUGGCUAAAGGUUGACACAUAUUGCUUAUGUGUCAAAUUUGAAUGUGAUUUUUAACAGUUUAUUGAAACAGCGAAUGCUCAUCUCUUUCCAGCACUAGAUAACUGAUCUAUAGCCGCCCAAGGCUGCUUGUCGACAGCCAGCCAGGAUGAAGUCCACACCUGUAAAUAAUGGGCUUACUUUUAACUAAUAGGCUUGCAUUUUCCCCAGGGUGAUUUGUUGCUGAAGUGGUCCCAUUUGUACAGUCACAUUGAUGACAAUUCAUCAACAUCCUGUAACCAAAUCACAGAGAAACAGUGCUAGCCAUAAUAGCCAGAUGUAGGAACUGGACGGCGAGUUUGUGCGCGUGUGUGGAAGUCAUUUGUAGAAAUUAAGAGACAAUAAUAUUUGUGAAUUUUCACAAUAAAACCCAUUAAAAAUGACAACAUUGCACACUUGUGUAAUAAUCAUGCAGGCGCUCUCAAGUUAUUAUUCCAAAACUGACCUUAUUUUAAAAAGUGCUUUUCAAGGUUCUGAUCUGUGUGUUCACAUUCAAUGUGCAUUUGAAAUGUGAUGUCAUAAUGAGCCAAUAAGACAAAGCAGAUAAGGAAUUUGCAUUCCUUAAUCUAUGGUCUGUGAAGUCUGGUCACAUUUAAAUUCAAAACAUGGAAUCCAUGAAACACAUCUUGUGCCAACUGUUUCAAGCCUUUGAUUUGUUAUCAACUGACUGUACUGGUAGUUACAAUUUAUUAGCAAAUGUUUUUCCUUUCUUUUUUUCUUUCAUUUGUGUGUAUUUCCAAUUCAAAUGUAACCUCUUCUUGAGGAGACAUCUAACAAUAUUUUGUUUUGAUGACUUUUUUUAAGUGCAAUAUAUUUAUUUCAGCUCUAUGAAAAAUAUUUGGCUAAUGUAAUAGUUGAAGCAAUGAUAGAUGUUAUUUGUAAACAAGGAGAAAUAUAUAUCA